AUGAUCGGCUCUGUAAAAUCCAAUUUUGGUCACGCUGAACCUGCCAGUGGUUUCACUCAGAUCGGUAAGGUAAUAAUAGCAUUCGAAACCGGUUUUCCACCACACAUCAAUUAUACAUCACCACGAGAUGAUAUAGAUGCUUUUGUAAAUGGAGUCAUACAUGUGGUUACAGAAGCAAUACCACUUCAGAAUGGUUACAUCGGCAUUAAUUCUUUUGGAUUUGGGGGAUCCAAUGCUCAUAUGCUAUUAGAAUGGAAUACCAAACAGAAAGUUAACAACGCAACACCGGACAAUGGUUUGUCAAGACUUGUAUUGAUAUUGUCUGGACGCACUGAAGAAUCAGGAUUUUUAUCUAUGGGGCCACUUGAAGGCAAUUGUAUUCUGCACCUAUUGCCAGUGUUGAAGUUCUACGUGCAUGUAUACAAGAAGCUUGCCAACAGAUCAGAUAUACAUCUGGAAUAUUUGAAAGAGUGCGACAGUCUUUGA